AGAGAACCUACCCUAGAGUCUCUUGACGAGAUGGUUUCGGCAUUGAAGAGCUGUGUUGAGCGGAAGUUCAUCGUGAUAGAAUCAAUGGACACUUUUACCUACUGCGAUCUGAAAUCAGUGCCUCAGUUUAGUGAAAACUAUCCGAGCCUGCAGGACGAAUUAGGCCUAAAGAGUGGUGUUGAUUACCGUCUGCUUUACGAAAAUGAAUUGACGACUUUUGCUGGCGUUUCCGGAGGUCAAAAAAGCCAUCAGUACCCACCGAUACUAUUCCCUCUUCUUGCUGAUAUCCCCUGGACACCUAAGAUCUGGUGGCGCACCGUCCAGGAUAACAAAGGAAUGUCCAAAAAUGGAGAACAGCCAUCUCGAACAGUGCGCUUUGAUAUGCAUUCUCAAGUGGGUGAAGCUCUGAACGACUGCGAUAAAAUUCUUGAAGUUGUGGAUGUUUCGAAAAGGAUCCUUUGCAUGCAGUUAGAAAUGAUCAAGAACGAGCUUGAAAGCGCUCGUGAGAGAACGCUUAUGCCGGUACGAUUCACUAUUUAUGCGAAAAUGCAGUCAUUUGCUCUAUUACCGUUCAUGAAUGAGGCUACCGACAAGACUGUGAUGGGCCGUGUUUGUGAGAUGGCUAAUCGUGCAACAAAAGAAUUAGAGAACUGCAUAGGUGACUGA